UUACUCUUGGCAGCAUCACUCGGUACAUUCAUGUCGGAGGCGAAGAACUCAUCAUUUCCACUGACCUGUACCAAUGUUCCCUACCCCUUCGGCAUCUCAGGUAAAGCUAUGAAAGGCUUCGAAAUAAGCUGCAAUGGCACUUCUCCAAUUCUACAGCUGGGCAAACAUACUUACCGGAUUAAAGACAUCUCACUGCAAGGCAAACUGAGCAUUGACAUUGGUGUCAUUUUUCAGAGCUAUUGUGGAGAUGUCACCUAUGGAUCCGGCUGGAUCGACCUAGAGGGAACCCCCUACACGAUAUCAGACACGGAGAACUCUGGGAACAUGCUGACGACGGUUGGUUGCAAGAGAACGGUCCUCAUCCGAGGGCUUCGUAAUAUGUCGUCAAGCGGUUGUUCUACCUUCUAUGACUCCUCCAUCAUCAAUGGAUCUUGCUCUGGCUUGGGCUGUUGUCAGGCCUCCAUCCCUAUGGGUCUCAAGCGGUUCAACCUGAUGCGCGGAAACAUCGACAAUGUCAGAGCCAUAAAUCCCCCCAUUUAUGUUGUAGACACCACUUGCUUUCAGGCCUUCUUUGUUAAGAAAAGCAGCUUUGCAUUCUUGACUGAGAUGCUGCAAAAUGUUAUACAUAUCAAUGAAGCUUCUCAAGAUCAUUACCUGAUGGUGUUGGAUUGGGCUAUUGGGAGUGAGACGUGUGAAGAAGCGAGAAGAAAGAUGGAUACCUAUGCUUGCAAGGAUAACAGCUAUUGCUACAAUUCAACCAAUGGGGUCGGGUAUUGCUGCAAUUGCAAUGCAGGAUACGAUGGAAAUCCUUAUAGUGAAGAUGGAUGUAAAGAUAUUGACGAGUGCCAAGAUCCUGAGCGUAAUCCUUGCGUGGGAAGAUGCAUCAACAAGCCAGGAAGUUUUUCUUGCGCCUGCACGUUUGGCCAAUGUGGCGACGGUAGAAAGAACAGAACUGGCUGCAUGAAUGUGGUGUCACUGGAGCUUAUUUUGGGUGUGGGGCUAAGCCUCUUGCUUAUUAUCAUUGGAAGUUUGUGGUUAUACUGGCUUUCCAACAAAAGAAAAUUAAUUAAGAUGAAAGCCAAGUUCUUUCAACAAAAUGGAGGCUUAUUUCUGCAGCAACAAAUCUUAAGUCAAGGUUCUAAUGCAACAUUGAAGAUCUUCAGUAUAGAGGAACUAAAAAAGGCAACCAACAACUUCGACGAGAGGCAGAUCCUUUGUCAUGGUGGAUAUGGUACUGUAUACAAGGGUAUUUUGUCAAGCCAGCAGCAAGUUGUCGCCAUCAAGAAGUCCAAAUUAGUUGAUGAGAGCCAGAUCGAGCAAUACAUCAAUGAGAUCGUCAUUCUUUCUCAAAUCAAUCAUAGAAAUGUUGUCAGACUCUUGGGCUGCUGUUUAGAGACCCAAGUUCCAUUACUUGUCUAUGAGUUCAUAUCCAACGGAACCCUCUUCUACCAUAUCCAUACUCAAAGUCAUAGUUUCUCAAUGCCAUGGAAAGAUCGUUUAAGAAUAGCUACAGAAACUGCUGGAGUGCUGGCAUAUUUGCACUCAACUGCUUCGACACCAAUCAUUCACAGACAUAUCAAGUCCACAAAUAUACUGUUAGAUGAGAAUUAUAUAGCUAAAGUAUCAGACUUUGGAGCUUCAAGGUCAGUCCCACUUGAUCAAACUCAUAAAACCACUCUAGUGCAAGGGACACUGGGAUACUUAGAUCCAGAGUACUUUCACACGAGCCAACUAACAGAGAAGAGCGAUGUUUAUACCUUUGGGGUAGUUCUUGCAGAGCUAUUAACUAGAGAGAUUUCAAUAUCUUCUACUAGAUCGGAAGAUCAGAGAAAUCUAGCUAUAUAUUUUACAUUGAUGUUUGACAAACAGCACCUCCUUCAACUAAUAGAGGCUCAAAUUAUAGAGGAAGCUAGAAUGGAGCAUCUUUUUGCGGUUGCACAACUUGCGAGAAGGUGCUUAAAUUUGAAAGGAGAAGAAAGGCCUACCAUGAAAGAAGUUGCCAUAGAGUUAGAAGGGCUAAGGAGCAGAAUCUAUAAGCAGCAACCGGCUCUUCAAGAUCUUAAGGAAAUUGAACACUUGCCGAUUGGAAUUGGACCUUCAAUUGGAUACACUGAUGAGGCAAGCAGACAAUAUAGUUUGGAAGGUGACAUGUUAGCUUCCAUGGAUCUCCCAAGGUAAUGGAUUUAUGAGAAAAUGCUCUUUCUGCAGAGAGCUAUUGAGAUAUUUUC